ACCUCACUCAGUCACUGUUUUUCAUGAAUUCUUGUCUUUAACACAUUCAACUCCAGUUUGUGAUAUAUCAGUGAAUUGUGCUGUCAUCACCCGCGCCGACUCCAAUUCGAUUGCAUUGCCGAUGUCAAAAUAGUGAUGACAAACAUCAAAUUGUUAGGGGAAUGGCUCCAAGUGUGCGGCAUCGAUUAAAUUCGAUUAAGUCCGAUAGUACGUCGGGAUCGGUUAAGAAAUUAGCUAAAAAGUCCUCAAAAGAGCACAAUGCAUCGAAAAAGUCUCAAAACAGCACAAGCUCAUAUCCACUGAACUCGUCCCAGGUAAAUACCAUCGUUCCAGGAGUGGACACUGCAUUCAAGGCAUUCCUGAGUGCUCGAUUUUGCAGUGCAAUCUGGGCGUAUAUCACGGACUGUGAUGAGACUUUCAACUAUUGGGAGCCAUUGCAUUACAUGAUCUAUGGACAUGGGCUGCAGACGUGGGAAUAUAGUCCCCAGUUUGCACUCCGUUCGUAUACUUAUUUGAUGGUGCACGCAGUACCGGCUUGGGUUUACAAUAAAAUCUUCGAACCCAGCCCCCUGUUGGUUUUUUACUUCGUAAGAUGUAUGCUUGGACUAGGAUGUGCAGUGGUGGAGUGCUAUUUAUACAAAGCAAUAUCUCGGGAAUUUGGUAUACAUAUCGGUCGUCUCUGGCUAAUAUUCCAGUUAUUUAGUGUUGGCAUGUUCAUCUCCAGCACGGCUCUGUUGCCAAGUUCGUUUUCAAUGUACUUCACGGGUGCCGCAAUGGCAGCAUGGUGGCAUCAGAAAUAUACGUUGGCUGUAUUCUUCAUAGCAAUAUCAGCACUCCUGGGCUGGCCAUUUGCAGCCUUAUUGGGUGUGCCAAUUGCCCUGGAUAUGCUUUUUCGACGAAAAAUGUUGAAGACAUUUGUUAUUUGGGCAGCGAUUUCCGGUGCGACAAUCCUUAUUCCAAUGGUCGUUAUUGAUUCGUCUUUCUUCGGGAAGGUUACCAUUGCACCGCUUAAUAUUAUAAUGUACAAUGUGUUCACAGAUCAUGGUCCGAAUUUGUACGGAGUGGCGCCGUUGUCCUAUUAUUUAAUUAAUGGGUUCCUGAAUUUCAAUAUUGUUUGGCUAUUCGCCCUCAUGACACCAGUAAUGCUCGUCAUUGACUACUUUUUUGUUCCGGCAAAAUCGAAGAGCACGUUGAACUACCCCCACUAUCUGAGUCUGGCUCCGCUUUAUAUAUGGCUGGCUGUGUUUUUCAUUCAACCACACAAGGAAGAGAGAUUCCUUUUUCCGAUUUACCCGCUGAUCAGUCUUUGUGGUGCGAUCACGACUGAUAUUAUUCAAAAGCUAUAUUUUCGUGUGAAAGACUUGGUUUUGAGAAUGAGAAAUGGCUCGCAUUAUUUGGAUCACACGAUGUUCGUUGCAUUUGUCGUCAUGAUCGCAACAACGCUAUUGAGUAUGUCCAGGAUUUUUGCAUUGUAUCGAAACUAUCACGCACCAAUGGAUCUUCUGAUGGAGUUGAACACCUUCAAAUCGUCGACGAGCUUUCGAAAUGAGCAAAUCUAUAAUAUCUGCAUUGGCAAGGAUUGGUACCGCUACCCGACCAGUUUCUUUCUGCCAUCACGAAAUUUCCGCAUCCGCUUCUUGAAAUCUGAAUUUGAUGGAAUGUUGCCUGCGUAUUAUUCAGACGAGGAGAACGCCACUGCCAUUGUUCACGACUAUUUCAAUGAUAUGAAUCGUGAGGAUAUGAGGACGUAUUUCGACUAUCAGAAAUGCCAUUUCUUACUUGAUUUGGAUUUAGGACGCUAUACGGAAUUGGAACCGAAUUAUGCAGCUAAAACCAAAGAAUGGACAAUGAUGAAGAGUUUCCCGUUUUUGAAUGCCGAACGUUCACAUCAGAUUUUCCGUGCAUUUUACAUUCCAUUUGUAAGUGACAAUUUUAUCCAGUAUGGAAGUUUCAAUUUAUUGAAACGGAAACGUUUGAAAUUUAGAUAAGUCAAUGCAUAGAAUAAAGUGUGGAUAUGAAGGGAUAAUUCUUUUCAUUCAAGACUUUGUGUGCAAUAUAUACGUAGAUGUGUUCGGUUUUUUUAAAUAUCUUUGUGAACGUAACUAAAGUUCUUUUCCGCUGAAAAGAGUAGAAUUCCUUUCCUAUUUCUUCUUGUAUGAAGAAAAUAUGCAACUUGCUGAACAUUAUUGUAAUAAAUUGUUUGCUAGACCAA